AUGAACGACAUCCCAGGCCCCGACAUCACGCGCCUGCUCAAGACUCUCCGUGUCGGCUGCGGACAUGAGCACUUUGGUCCGGAUUUUUCGCUCGGCAGUGAUAAAAGUAAUAGUCGAACUAUCACUCACGACCCAAUCCCGGACCCGGUGGCAAAGCCCAGCGGCUCGAGUGGCAAUCACCAGCCUUACCGGCUUCCUACCACCCUCUCUCAGCCACACCCUAUCGAGAUCGAGACCUCUGACGGUCCCAUCCUCCGACUCCCUCACUCUCUGCUGGCGGAAUACUCGCAAUUCAUCGCAGACUUGCCGGACCUGGGCCUUACCCCUCCUUCUGAUGGCACGGACAUCUUGCGCUUAUCGCUACCAUCGGCGACAUCGUCCGGCAUGCGAUACACCUACCACUACCUACAGUCUCUCGAACUCGCCCAGAAAUCCGCACCAGCUCUGAACUAUAGGCUGAAAGGCUCGGAGGAACGCGCCACCUUGAUCGCGGAUUUCACCACCAGCGAUCUCGACCUCAUCAUUGACUUGUACACCAUCGGGGACGCGUACAUGGUCCCAGUCCUCAUCGAGCACCUCAUCGCUUCGGCGGACGCGGUAUUGCUGUCUCGCCCCUGGGUCGCUUGGACGAUCAGUGCACUCGUCAGGGACGGAGCCAGAGUGUCAGCAGACAUGGAAGAGGCACUCCCGGAUCGCAUCAAGGACGUGUCGGCAGAGCGGAGGACGCUGUUUGGGCAGCGCCUGUCUGCCGGCCUUGCCGAGAUGCCGGAGUCACAAAAGCGCUGGGCAGACCGCUUCGCAAAACCCCUCGGCGAGGCGUCCACUACCGGCAGCUUCGGCCACGACUUCCUUCUCGACCUCUGGGACGGGUUGAAAGCUGCGAAACGCACAUGGGCCUGCCCUGUGCCCAGCCACGGCGCCCUCACGCUCGCCGUCACGCUCGACAGAGGGGUCUUUCACGCGGCACUAGGUGUCUACGAGGAGGAGAUGAAAUGCUUGGAGAGGAUUGGGCAGCGCCUCAAGUAG